CCAAGAUGCACCUCGGCUUUAAUGCGCUGAAGCAAGAUGGCGAGUAACACAAGCAAAGACGGUCCUCCUCCUUUUGAUUGUCCAUCAUGGGCAGGGAAACCACCCACAGGGCUUCAUCUGGACGUGAUGAAAGGGGACAAAUUGAUAGAGAAACUGAUCAUAGAUGAGAAGAAGUUUUACCUGUUUGGAAGGAAUCCCGACUGGUGCGACUUCACCAUCGACCAUCAGUCCUGCUCUCGGGUUCAUGCAGCGUUAGUCUACCACAAACACCUGAAAAGGGUCUUCCUCAUAGACCUAAACAGCACACACGGUACUUUUCUUGGCCACAUUCGCCUUGAGCCCCACAAGCCUCAGCAGGUUCCCAUAGACUCCACGAUAUCUUUUGGGGCGUCGACACGGACUUACACCAUUAGAGAGAAACCCCAAACCCAAGGCACCGCUGGCACAGGAGACAGCAAGUUGGGGGAUGAAGAGGAGCUCAAAGGACUGCUUGGACUUCCAGAAGAAGAGACAGAGCUGGAAAACCUGACAGAGUUUAACACGGCUCACAACAAACGCAUCUCCAUCCUGACAAUCGAGGAAGGCAACCUGGAAAUCCAGAGGCCAAAGAGGAAACGCAAGAACUCCAGAGUUACUUUCAGUGAAGAAGACUCCAUCAUUAAUCCAGAAGAUAUAGACCCCUCAGUCGGGCGCUUUAGAAAUAUGGUGCAGACAGCUGUCAUCCCCAUGAAGAAGCGGAGAUCUGACAUCCAAAAUACUCUGGGUCUGGAUGACCUGGCUUCCAAGCGCAUUCACGGCUACAGCUUGGGUGGGGGUCUGUACGGGGACUUGCCUCCAACCAGCCACGAGAACAAGCCAACAGGAGCUCCAGGAGGUGCUGCUAUGCAGGGCGGGCUGCCUCUGCCCUUCCCCAACCCGGCGCCUGAGGUAGACCUGGCCCCAGAGGCUCCUCAGCCCCCGAUAACACUGAACCCCACACCAGUGACAGCCCCCUACCUACCAGAAACUGUCAACGAGCCACGAAAAAAGAAGUAUGCCAAAGAAGCUUGGCCAGGGAAGAAACCCACCCCUUCACUUCUCAUCUAACCAGUUUUUUAACACUGCUGACUCUCAGGUUCCCAGCAGGACCAUCAGGGACUGUGACCUGUCAGAGGCGGAGCUCUUUGCCUCUGUUUUUAUUUGUUAUACGAGUGCAAAAUACACAACACAUCCUCCACAAACUACAUCGACAGCAAAAGUAUUUAGUUUUUUUUACAAGAAAAUACCUGGCAGUUAAAUGAACUACAGAGUGACAGACUAUAUGGAUAUAAUGAUGGAGUUGUGUUGAAUGACUUUGAGUUGAUGUAAACUUGUAUUUUAUACAUGUUCCAACAUUUUUUCACUCUUUUCAGAAUAUUGAUAAAACUAUUAAAGAGUUGCAAAAAAGUGGUUUUAUUCGUAUCUUACUGUGAGAAGUCGAGACAGCCCCAAGACUUCAAAUGUUAGCAAAAUGUUGUCAAAACACAGCUGCCUUUAAUUUUUAAAGCAAGUUGAUAGAAUGUGAUCAGAUAUUUUACUAAAAAAUGUUUUCAGUCUGUUUAGUAAGCCGUCGGUUGAGCUGUGUUGUAUUUCCCCCUUUACACCACUUGGUGGUGACUUAAGCAAACAGACCUGUUUCUUUUAGACGCUGAAAACUUAAAGCAGUGCUCUGUUAUACUAAUAUCCGGUUUUGUUUUCUGUUACAAUAAGUGUGAAGUACUUUCUCAUAUUCUCAGAUCAAACAUACUGUAAAAAAUAGUUUACGCUUUUUUGGAUUGCUGUUAAAGCAUCGCAGAUUGGAGAAUAGCACAAUAACAACUGCAACAUAAAAGGCUAAAAUGUUAUUCAGACUGUAGUAAUGCAUUCUUAACAUUAUUAUCUGUAAAAUGCUGCCUUUCCUAACCAACUCAAGAUAUGUCUGCAGAUUAGAACAAUUAACAUUAGGCUCAGCCUUUUCUUAAGGCUUAAUUAAGACGAGGCUUUUUUCUGUUUUUAACAUGGUUUUAUUGAGUGUUCAAAUUUGAAGAAACGCAUGAAUCCAUGUACUAAAGGGAUUCACAUAAAAAUGCCUCAGACAAAAGUUGCAUCAGCAACACUGUAGCUAUACUUUCCAGUACUUUUUUAAAUUUUUUUUUUUUUAAAUAAGGUCUGGCAGCUUUGACAGCAUCUGGUUGAUUUAUUAUUGUUGAAUUUCAUAUCAUCUGGUCAAGUUGGAGAUUCCCUCUAAAUUACAAAAAUGCUGACUUUUUUGUGGAUUUUCCAGCACAAAAGAAAAAUAAGUUGUUUUAUAAAAAAAAACCUACACCAGUGACUCUACAUUUGAUUGGUUGUGUGGAUUUUGUAAUAUGUAAAUAAAAACAAAAAAUACUUUUUGACACAUUA